CAUUUAGCCGUUUUGUACUGGCGGUACUAAUCAGCGAGCCGUUUUGGACCGCCGGUAUACGUACCUGGGCCAAAUUUUUUAUGACACCGGCGCGGGAAGAUACCUAUGGUGCGCGUAAAUUGAAAUACGGUACGGUAUAGCAGUCGAAAUGGCCGGAAAGGAAAAGGAGUUCUGCAAUAUUUCCAGCAUUUUGUUCACUGACAAGGAUUGCCAACCUUUGGUAUUCUGCAUUCGUCCAUCUGCAACAAGAGCCAGGUUGAAAUUACUUAUUGAAAGUGGUGGAGGGAAAGUUACAAGUCGACUUGAUCCAUCAGAUACUAAUGUUAUCAAGAUAUUAGCAGAUGGAGAUAAGCAUUCGUCCCCAGACUAUCUCUUGCCUUCAUUUGUUGAUGACUGUGUAGCUGCAAACACUCUUUUAGAUAAAUAUAGUUACAGAGUACCAUCCCCAACAGAGGAUCAGUCAACAGUUGUAUCAGAUGUGACAGCUAAAGGGAGAUCAUACUACUCUCCAGCUGAAGAUGAAGCUAUUCUUCAAUAUAUAGCUAAACAUCCUUUUCAAUAUUCAGGAAACAAAAUAUGGAAAAGAAUGGAACUCAUGAAGGUAAAUAAAAGAAUAUUAAAUUGAAAAUAAAGGAAAAUGAAAUACUUGGGAAAUUUUUUCAUUUUAAUGAAAGGAGGAGAUAGAGAGCAGUAAAACAAAGGUUCCAAAACAUUUAAACAGUUGAAAGUUUGGAUAGUCUCAAUUUAUUUUCUCUAUUUGAUAUUUAAUUUUGUUAUGUUGCUUCAAUCAAGGUACUAUCAGAUAAUUUAUUUUUCUGAUUAUAAAAAAAUAAUAUUGAGCCUAAACUGAAUCUGAUUUUGUGAAUUCAAACUGAACAUUUGGGUCGUUUAUCAAUAAUUUGUUUUAGGAAUGAAAUAGCUGCUCUCACCUAGCUCUGCCUCUUGCACAAAUACUAAUGUAGAGGGCAGUCAUAUAUCUUUUUGUCAAAUGCAGCAACUAAAAUGCAAAAGAAAACACAAAAUACAGAAAAGGGAAAUCACAUGUUCAAUUAUUGUUUUGUCAUGUUCAGUUAUUGUUUUGUCAAAGCAAAAGUACAAUCUAUUACUAAUUUGUUUUUAAUUUUCUUGUUUUUUUUUAACAAAAACAAAAAUGAAAUGUUAAAUUUCCAUUUUGCAGAGAAGAAACAGACCACCCCCCCAAAAAAACAAUCAUUUUGCAUUAUGGUAAAGCAAACAAAAGAAUAAUUUGUUAGAAUUUUUUUAUUCGUCAUUGUUCAUUCCUGAUUCAAAUAAUUGACCAUGACCGUGUUUCCAUUUAAAAUCACAAAAUUAGAUUCAGUUUCUACUCAGUACUUUGGUCUUAAUUUUUCAAAAACAAUUUCAAAAUCAGAAAAGCAAAUUAUUUGAUAUUACCUUGAUUCUUGAGAGAUAGGGGAUAUGAAUUUUGUGUACAAUAUACUAUGGCACGCAUAUAGGGAAUCAAUUCAAUAUAUAUUUCACUUAAAAAAUAUAUGUUUCUCUUUCACUAAACCAUUUCACUCAAAGAAAUUUAUAUUUCACUUUUAAAAAUAUAUUUCACUUUUAAAAAUAUAUUUCACUUUUCAAAAAAAAAAAAAAUUCACUUUUCAAAAAAAUAUAUUUCACUUUUCAAAAAAAAUAUAUUUCACUUUUCAAAAAAAUAUAUUUCACUUUUCCAAAAAAAUAUGUUUCACUUUUGAAAAAAAUGUUUUUCACUUUUCAAAUUUUUUUUUGCAGAGAAGAAACAGACCACCCCCCCC